UGUAUUGGCCACACAGUGUCAAGAUGUUGUGUUUGCUCGUGUUGCUGGGCGCGGCUGCUACUGCCGCCGCUCAGACCUCGGGGUCUCGGGUCGUCACCACGCAUCACGGCCCGAUCCGGGGCUACAAGGACCCGGAUGGCUCCAUGUAUAGUUUCUACGAUGUACCCUAUGCGACUGUACCCACGGGAAGGGACAAAUUCAAGGCGCCUCUGUCUCCACCCACUUGGACACAACCAUUCGAAGCAGUUUUCCGAGGUGUCAUAUGCCCACAACUUAAUAUGUUAAUAACUGUAGCGCACAUUAUGCAAGAGGAUUGUCUGGUAGCAAAUAUAUUCGUUCCCGAUACUAACAUUACUAAUCUACCAGUCGCGGUCAAUGUCCAUGGCGGAGGUUAUGUUUUAGGAUCAGGAAGCACGAUACAAUUCACAAACUUUGUCAAAAACAAUAACAUGAUCUUGAUUACAUUUAACUACCGCCUUGGAGCGUACGGUUUCAUAUGUUUGGGCACUGAAAAUAUUCCUGGAAACGCAGGCUUGAAAGAUCAAGCAGCUUUACUGCGAUGGGUUAACCAAAACAUUGCACAAUUCGGAGGCAACCCUAAUGACGUGACUGUAAUGGGAUGCAGCGCUGGCGGGAUCUCUGCUGAUUUAUUAACGAUAUCGAACAUGACAAAUAGGCUCUUCCAUAAGGCAAUACCAGAAAGCGGAUGCACUUACAGCGCCAUUGCAAUACAAUACGAUCCGAUACAGAAAGCAAGGGAUUAUGCUAGGCUUUUGAAUUACUCUAAUAUCGAUAGAAUAGAAGCCUUGGAAGAGUUUUAUUUGACGGUUCCGGCCGCAAAGUUGACAACGCGAUCACUAAUUACCACAAACCAUCCAGAUUCUAGCCUCACCUUCACUGCAUGUCUAGAAAGAGAUGUUGGAGUAGAAAUGUUCCUACAAGAUGACCCCGCAGACAUACUGAAAAAUGGAGAUUUCCCUGCUAUGCCAUUGUUAUAUGGACUAGCCAAAGAGGAAGGUAUCUUCAGAAUACCAAACAUAUUAGCAGGAUGGCUGAACAAGAUGAAUGAACGUUUUUCAGAUUUUUUGCCAAAUGAUCUGGAAUUUAAGAGUCCCGAAGAAAAGGAAAGAGUGGCAAACACCGUGGGGGCUUUUUAUUUCGGAAAUAGACCUAUAGGCAUAUCGACAAUACCAGAGUACAUAGAUUUUUACACCGAUGUUGUGUUGGGGUAUAAAAUGAUGAAGGGUCUCACUUUACGACUUGGAGCUAAAGAUCAGCCGAUAUAUCUAUAUCAAUAUUCAUUUGUGGAUGAAAAUACUCGUCCGAUAUGGUUUACGAAUGUGACAGGGACGGACCAUUGCGAGCAACACAGUAUCAUGUCCGACCACGACACGACGGGCAAAACAGAGGCGUAUAUUAAAAUGCAAAAUAUGAUGCGGUCGCUCUGGACGAACUUUAUACUUACUGGAAAACCUGUCCCCGAUGGAUCCUCGCUGCCAACCUGGCCAGCAACGAACAUCACCAGGUCUCCCUACAUGGACCUAAGCCCUGUAGUCCGGUUGGAAAACUCCAUGUUCGGAGCCAGGUUUGAACUGUGGGAUGGAAUCUACGAGAAGCAUUAUAGAAAACCCAUUCGACUGAAUCCCAACAUGCCCGGUAGUGUUGCGGGCGUAGCGUCAAACAUUUAUGUAUUUAGCCUUGUAGUUUGUAGUUUAGCCUCUAGGUUAUUUUAUUGAACAAAUUAGAUAAUUUUAAUUUUGGAUCAAUGGCGAUGUUAUAUCUAUAUCCAGUACUGUAUGUAUAUGUACAUAUAUUAAUAUAUUAUAUAGAACGUGCACAACAUUAAGUAGCAGAAGAAAACCAACACAAGAGCCACAGUGUGGAUAAUAACGAAACAAUCCCGCCCUAUAAUUAAUUAUAUACUAAUUUCUAAUAAGACAAAAAAUAUAAAAUAUCGAUUCCGGUCGAUCAUUAUUGCUAGGCAGCAUGAACAAAGUAUGUUUUUUUUUUUUUAAUGAAGCUAAUUAUUUGGAUGUUAGUUAACCGAAAUUAUGAGGUUAUGGUUCACUUAAUUUCAGAUCAGUUUGUAUUGAAUAUUAACUAUUAACUAUAAAACAUGUUUAAUUUCACAAAUUAUAUUAUGAGACAUUUCUAAAUGGUUUUCAAACACGUACGUAUGUAUGUUUUUUGUAUAACGAUUAUUAAUUUUAGUCGCUUUCCACAUCGCUGCGGUGUAUAAGUUGGCACUAUUCUUGAGAACGUAAUAAAAUUAUACAUCAA